ACUGCCUCAUACGCCGAGUGUUGCAUAGCGAAGCUUGUUGUGUAUGUCCAAAUAAAAUAGUUCUUCGUGAGAUUGCAUUAUUUGUGGUAGUCUUUUUAACAGACUGGAGGAGCGAUGGUGUAGACGGCGCAACGAAACAUGUGUUAAAUAAUAUCUGAUCGGACUAAAUAAUGCUGCAAUAACCGAACAUCAAAUUGGAAGUGGCCCGAUAGAUCUGUGGUCGCCGCCAUAUUAACUGUGUAUCUUGUGCGUUGAAACAGGUCUGAUAACAGCAGCUAGGAAGCUGAAAAGAUGGGGGAAACAAAAAUUAUCUACCAUAUAGAUGACGAGGACACUCCCUACUUAGUAAAAAUUCCCAAACCUGCCGAUGAAGUGACCCUCGGCGAUUUCAAGGCGGUGCUAAACAAGCCCAACUACAAGUUCUUUUUCAAAUCCAUGGACGAUGACUUUGGAGUUGUUAAAGAAGAGCUGAUCGAUGAUGACAUGAAACUACCAUGUUUUAAUGGCAGGGUUGUCUCCUGGCUGGUUCCAGCAGAGGGCACUGGUAGCAGUGUGUCAGAUACGACGUCACAGUGCACGGAGAGCAUAGGUCAGGACCUGCACGUAGAACGCACAGGUGGAAUAGGUGACAGCCGGCCACCUUCCUUUCAUUCCAAGCUGACAGCUAGUGAUGACGUGGACACAUGCACGGAGACGGAAUCAGUUAUCAGUUCUAGACGAGUCAUCCUUCAGCAGCAUCACGGAUUCUACGAUGUCGCUCAACAUCAUUACUGUCACAUUGAACAUGGACACUGUGAACUUUCUCGGCAUCAGUAUCGUGGGGCAGAGCAAUAAGGGAGGAGAUGGAGGGAUCUAUGUAGGUUCCAUCAUGAAAGGUGGUGCCGUGGCAGCGGACGGCAGGAUUGAACCUGGCGACAUGAUCUUACAAGUGAACGACAUCAGCUUUGAGAACAUGAGUAACGAUGACGCGGUGCGGGUGCUGAGGGAGGUCGUACACAAACCCGGUCCAAUCAAGCUGGUGGUCGCAAAGUGCUGGGAUCCGAACCCGAAAGGUUACUUCACGAUCCCGCGCUCGGAGCCUGUGCGACCGAUCGAUCCGUCAGCGUGGGUGGCACACACCGCAGCUGUGAGAGGCGGUGGCAUAGAGUACGUGGGCGGACCCGGGGCACAUCUCAGCCAAUCAUUGAGCACGAUGACGUCGACGAGCUCGUCAAUCACGAGCAGCAUCCCCGAAUCUGAUCGUCCGUACGAUGACAUACCCCUGUCUGUUGACACUGACAUGACGACCAUCGUGCGUGGCAUGGCGCGGCCCGAUUCUGGCCUCGACAUUCGUGAUCGCAUGUGGCUCAAGAUCACGAUACCGAAUGCAUUUAUUGGUGCUGAUGUUGUUGAUUGGUUGCACACUCACGUUGAGGGCUUCACGGAUCGCAGGGAAUGCAGGAAGUACGCGUGUGCGAUGCUGAAGGCUGGACUUAUACGUCACACCGUGAAUAAGAUCACAUUCUCAGAGCAGUGCUACUAUGUCUUCGGUGAUCUGUGCAGCAGCAUGUCGGCGCUGAGUCUAGGAGAUGACUUUGACUCGGUGAGCUGUAGUGAGGCUGAUCGUGACACGCUCGCGCCGCUGCCCCCGCCGUCCGCAGCCAGCCCGUGGGGCGCGGGCCAGAUGCCUUACUCCGGCAGCUACAUCCCGCAGAGCACCGGCUACGCGCCGAUGCCGUUCAACUUCACCAACGACAGCACGAGUUACACGAGCUACGGCGGAGUCGGAGCGCCACCUGGUGCCAACGGCAGCGUUCACAGUGGAUCCGGAGGCAGCAGCAACGGCUCGAACGGCAAGAAGGAGCAGCUAGACCGCAAGUCAGCUAGUCCAGCCAACAGUGCCAGCGAUUCGGAAUCUCAGCCGGGUCGACGCACGGGCGCCGGCGGCGGCGGCGGCGGCGGGUCAAAGCGGGAGCGAAGCAAUGAUCGGUGCAGCACAUGCGCAGUCUCUCAGCAGCAGCAGCCAGGCAGCAGCAGGGGCGGGACCGUCGCGCUAGGGGCACUGGAGGUGUGGCCUGCAGACCAUUGACGGCUCGCGGCAGUCGUUCCGCAUGGCCAUGGCAACCCGUCCAGCCUCAUGGACGAAAUCAGCGUAGACCUUUAGGUAUCUCGCUCUAUUAUAAUUCUCUCUCUCUCUCUCUCUCUCUCUUGCUCCGUCUGUCUUGGUUUCGUUGAUUUUGUAUAUUUUGAGAAUACUGCCUUAUCGAGUGUUAUUAUAAGUCGAUUGUGCUGCUUGCUGCAUGUGAGAGAUUGAUGUAACAUUUCAUCUAUCCGCUGUUGUGAUUGGCGCUGUCAGUACUAGCGAUUCUGGGUAACAUUAGUGGUGAAAACUACUGUUACUGUCUGUCGGUAAUAAGGUUGGUUGUCUGUGUACACAAUCAAGUGGGCUAUAUAAUUUUCAGUGACGGUGGCUGGAUUAAAGGCUUGUUUGUUGUAUUUUAUAAUCCUAGCCGUAACGGAAUCCUGGUUGUGCUUUCGCCAAGUUAUGACAAAGCUGGUCAUCAGUUGUGCUCCCAUCCACUGCGCAAAUCCGAAUUAAUUUUUGCGACCGAAAGUGAACCAAUUAAUUGAUCUUCAUAAUGAUUCAAAAUAACUUAAAACUCGAGCACGUGUAGCCAUGACAACGGGAUGCCAUGAAGCCCUACAUUGUGUGUGUUUAUCUCCUGGCGGUGACAGGACAGUGGACAUGCGUGAACAUACGUUAGUAAAGAAGUCCACCAUCCCUUGCGAAAUGUCGAAGGCCCAGCCGAGAUGUACAAUAUUGAUUCGUCAGCCCGAGCUAUAUAACUCCCCCACUGGGAGAUGCUGUCUGUAUCUCUGUUAAGCUAGAUUAGUUUAUACGUGGUUUUACACGUGCGCGAACCAACAUGUCGACUUUGUGGCGCUUCGUUGCUAUGCUUUGUUUUUUUAUAACGUCCUAUUGCACCACCAUUAGACUGGGGAUGCUUGGUGAUCAUUAGGGAGGGGGGGGUAGCGGAAGCAACGUGGCGUCAGUCUACGUAUCGCUUGUAUUGCAGAUUGGACUGCAACUGCUUGUGAAUAGUGAGCUCCAAAGGAGGGGACGGGGGUUUCACGCCUGCCACGUGUGACGCGAAAGAUUUCCCAUGUGACGGUGUGUGUUGCGCGUCUUGACGUUAUUGCGUUUGAACCUAACGUACCGUGUUAAGUGUUAUCGAUAUGCAGGCGGGCAGGCGGCGGGCGGGGCGGACGAUCAUUUUCGCGCGUGCCGCAUGUUCGUAAAACCAAGCGCAGUGCAACGACGCGGCGGCCACGUAAUGAAAUAUGAAAUGCGUUUUAGGUUGUGAUGUUGAAGGCGUGUAGACCAGCGUGUCAUCGGCCCGCUAUUGCUGGCUGGCUCCGCUGC